UGUCCUGUUUUUUUAAAUGAUGUUCCUAUUUUAUUGGGGAAUUGAAACAACUGGAUUUUUUGCCCCAUUGCCAUGACAUAAUACUGCCUCUCGCUCAUGUCAAGUAAAGAGAGGAGAAGUCUGAAUCUUUAAACCGACACUGGGAUACUGAUUAUUCAGGAUGCAGCUGUCAGUCCAUCUGUUUGGAGUUGUCUGGGUGGCUGUACUUUUGUCCUUUAGUCUCUGCCAGGAUAAAUGUCGGGUGCAGGAUGGAAAAGAAGGAGUGCAAGGAGUUCCUGGGAGAGAUGGCUUGCCUGGACAAAAAGGAGAGAAAGGAGAACCAGGUUUGCAGAUGGAGUCGAGUAAGGAGAAACUGAUUGCUCUUAAAGGAGAUAAGGGUGAGGAUGGUCCCAUUGGAGACAUUGGUGCUAAAGGCUUUAAUGGUCUACUCGGUCCACCGGGUCCCAUCGGUCCUCCAGGGAAUCCUGGCGGCAGUGUGGGUAGUGGAGUGUUCAAUGCAAAAAAGGCAGCCUUUACAGUGAUACGUAAGAAGAAUGAGAACCCCAGGUACAACAGCCCUGUGAUUUUUACUGAAGCACUUACUAAUUUGAAUCAAGACUUUAACCUUGCAACAGGUUCUUUCACAUGCAAGGUUGCUGGAGUGUAUUACUUUGUGUUUCAUUCUGUCUCUGAGGGUGACCUGUGUCUAAAACUGGUCAGUAACAGCAAUGCUGGAGUGAGCCUGACAUUUUGUGACUAUAACCCGCGUAAGACAAGCAUAUCUCAGGUUAUGUCUGGUGGUGUUGUGAUUGAGCUUGCCAAGGGAAAUCGGGUGUGGCUAGAACCUGUUAGAAUCCCUGGACACAACAAGGAGACAAACAAAAUGUCAAAAACUGAAAUGUCCGUGUUCAGUGGAUUUCUGAUUUUUGCAACCGGGUGAGAUAAAUAUAUAAGAAUCCAUGUUAGACUGACUGCCAUUGUAACAUUGUUAGUGCUACAGUAGCUUCUGCAAUCAUGAAUUUUAAUGCAAAUGUACAACUUUCCUCUGUGUUUGCAAAUUCUUAAUGAUUUAUUCACUUUUCUUUGCAACCCAAAUGGAUGUUUCAGUUGUAAAACCCUUUCUACAAUAAAACUUUCUGUGAAACUGG